AUGCUCUGUACGGAAAUCUUUGCGAAAUGGCUGCAGGAUUUCGUCGUUUCCGGUGCCUUCGUGCUCAGAAGCGCCUGGCUGCUUGGCAACCAGAAUCCGAAGUCAACAACAGAAGUCGGGCACACAGAGGUGGAGGCCAUGCGUCGCUCAGCUGCCAAAUCACGGGCCGAUAAAAGCCGCACUGAUUCUGUCCCAGUAAAUGCUGCUCCAGCAGUCCAGCCCAUUGAGACAGUGGACAUUGUCCCGGGCCGUCUCACCGAGUCCAGCUGGACCAGCAUGCUCUCCCAGGAGGAGGGCGAGGAGGUGGUGGCCGACAUUAUAGCAGAACUGAUGGAAGGAGUGAUGGACAGAUGCUAUCAGGUGUAUCUAAAAAAACAGUUGAUACCCUUCACGGUUUGGUGGGCACAAAAUAACCUGGUGGAGACGCUAGAAUGUCUUCUCCUGAGGAGAGAUGAAGGGGAUGAUCCAGAGCAGGAACUCUUUUGGCAAGAGGAUCCAGAACCUCAGCCCUGUGCGAUUGAUUCUUGGGCUGAAGGAUGUGUACCUGUGCUUCAUGCUGCUCAGGAAUAGCACAACACUUUAUCACAGAACUACACCACCUUCAACCUGCUUCGCCUCAAUACCAGUAGAGUGAUGAUACUGAAUUAUUCACAAACACUCAAGAAAGUCUGACUUCAUUAAAGCUCCACACAUAAGGAACUCCAAGGAAGCAAAUUUCUGAUCCUCUAAGGGGGAAAUUGGUUCUACUGCUUGCCAAGUGUAGUCCUAAUUCAGCCUCAAAACACAGACUGAUUGGACCUGCAGGUGAGGAAACAGUGAUGCUAUGAGAUCCAAAAAUUCAUGGACUAAAUAAAUAAUUAAAUUAAUUGCAAAAUUUAGUUUCCUGCUGUGGACAAUGUAAAGACAUUUCUUACUGCGCUCUUUAUGAGUAA